GAUGCCGAGGGGUGACAGGCGCGCUGGGACUAAUCUUACCUGAGAAAGAAAUCCAGAGGAAGAGCAAAGAAAGAAGAGGAGGGAAUGGCACUUUGCCAGGGACUGUUUACAUUUAAGGAUGUGGCCAUAGAAUUCUCCCAAGAGGAGUGGGAGUGCCUGGACCCUACUCAGAAGGCCCUGUACAGGGACGUGAUGUUGGAGAACUAUAGGAACCUGCUCUCCCUGGGUGAGGAUACCUUCCCUUCAGAAAUCAAUAUUUCUGAUGGAUUUACAGGCAAGGGAUUAUCACCAAAGGAAGAUAGUAAUAAAGAGGAAUUAUACAAUUUGGUUAGACUGGAAAGAAAUAAAAGCCAUGGCAUCAAGGAUUUUGACCUCAUGGACUUCUGGAAAAAUAUGCAUAAGUUUGACAGUCAAUGGGGAUAUGAUACAAGAAAUUACAAAGGAGUGCCUUUGACUUAUAGAAGAAAUCUCACUCAUAGAAAAGACCGUCAACGUAGUAAACCUUCAAUUAAUUUUUCUUUAAAGAAUGUUUCUGUAUGUGAUAGUGCAUACCAGCAUUUCAUACGUGGUAAGCCACUCAUAAGGAAUUUUUUCAAACUAAAAAAUAACAUAAGCCACACUGGAAACAAGUAUAUGAAGUGUUUUGAAAAUAGGAUCGGAUUAAGCUUAAAGGUACAUCUGGCUGAACUGCAGAGAUUUCAGAAUGAGGAGAAAACUUAUGAAUGUAGUCAAGUUGAGAAUUCUGUUGACAAUCGUUCCUUAUUUUCACCACUUCAAAUAAUUCCUUCUAGUGUCAAAAACAUUUGUAGCCAAUAUAGAAAGAUUUUUAAAUGCCCUUUGUUACCUACACAAUACAGGAGAACACACAGAGAAAAAGCAUACAAAUGUGAUGUCUGUGGAAAGGCUUUUAGCAAAAGUUCAAACCUCACCAAUCAUCAGAGAAUUCAUUCUGGACAAAGACCCUACAGAUGUAAUGAGUGUGGCAAAGCCUUUAACCAGUGUUCAAAUCUCACAAGACAUCAGAGAGUCCAUACAGGAGAGAAACCUUAUAAAUGUAAUGUAUGUGGCAAGGUUUGUAGUCAAAAUUCAAACCUUGCAAGUCAUCAGAGAAUGCAUACUGGGGAAAAGCCGUACAAAUGUAAUGAAUGUGGUAAAGCAUUUAUCCAGCGUUCACACCUUUGGGGUCAUGAGAGAAUUCAUACUGGAGAGAAACCUUACAAAUGUAGUGAAUGUGGGAAGGCCUUUGCUGAGUGUUCAAGCCUUACUCAACACAAAAGAAUCCAUACGGGAGAGAAACCUUACAUAUGUAAUGAAUGUGGCAAAGCUUUUAAGCAGUGCUCACACCUCACUAGACAUCAGAAUAUUCAUCCUGGAGAGAAACCACACAAAUGUAAUGUGUGUGGCAAGACUUUCAUCCAAAGUUCAAGCCUCAUGGAACAUCGGAGAAUUCAUACAGGAGAAAAACCUUACAAAUGUAAUAAAUGUGAUAAGGCUUUUAUCAAACGUUCACACUUAUGGGGUCAUCAGAGGACUCAUACUGGAGAAAAACCUUACAAAUGUAAUGAGUGUGGCAAGCCCUUUACUGAACGUUCAAAUCUUACUCAACAUAAGAAAAUCCAUACGGGAGAGAAACCUUACAAAUGUAGUGAGUGUGGGAAAGCUUUUACCCAAUUUGCCAACCUUACUAGACAUCAGAAAAUACAUACUGAAAAGAAACAUUGCCAACAUAAAAUACAUGGUAAUACUUUUAUCCAAAGUUCAAACUUUGAGGAUUAUCAGAAAACUCAUGGUAGAGAAAAACAUAACAAAUAUAAUGAAUGA